GCGAGACGCCAACAUGGAGCCAGAGGACCUGCCCUGGCCCGGCGAGCUGGAGGAGGAAGAGCCGGAGGCGGAGGAGGGGGAGGACGAGGACGAGGGAGAAGGGACGGAGACGGCGGAGGAGAACUUGGAGGAUGAGGUGGUGGUGGUGCAGGAGGUGGAGGACGAGAGGGGGCCGGACUCGGACUGUGACUACCGGUGCGUGCCGGAGGAGUGUCGCCACGAGUGUCAGGAGCGCGAGUGGUCGGACGACGAGGACGACGAGGGCGCCACGGCCUGGCUGCAGGCCUGCCCCGACCGGAUUCUGCCCGCGCGGUCCAUCCCGCAGCCUCGCCCCCCGCACGCAAAGCCGUGCCCGCCUCACCAGAUGACUCAUUACGUGAGGCAACAGUCAGUAUGUCAAGAUAAAAGUGGAAGACAGAUUUCUGAUACUCACGUGUUCCCUUUGGGGAAAACUCAGCAGAGUUCUAAAGAUCAUAAGGUAGAUCAUUCUAGAACGGACAGUAGUCAGACUUUUUCAUCUGUAUUGCCUCCAUUUGUUCGUGAGCCAACAACAAAAUCGGAUUACCACUCUGUAGAUCUCAGGAUGUUGAGAAUAUCUUCUGAUGCUGUGCCAGACACUCACCAGUAUUUAGCAGCCUGGAAUUUGAAGUUUAAUUUGGCUCGUGAGUAUGAGUGUGGCUACUCCAUUUCAGAAUUAAAUGAAGAUGACAGAAAAAAAGUAGAAGAAAUUAAAGAGAAGUUCUUUAUUCAUGGGAGAACAGCUGACUUGUCCAAGGGCCUCACACAUACAAGGCAAGUGCUCUACUUCUGAGCUACAUCCCCGGCCCCAUAUUAAAGCAUUUUAUUCCAUAAUUAUGAUUUUGAA